CAUUGGUCAUUUCAGAUCGGGUGAAGUUGUUUUUGUUAUAAUUCAGGAAGAACCCUACUCAUUUCAAAAAUAGGUUGGGAUUUUUGUCAGAAUUACAUUAUUUUCAAAGGAAAUUAUUAUAAUCCUGAGCACUAUCGAGUGUGGAUAGCGAGCUCCUGUGUCGAGUAAAUAGAUACAUUUCCCAUCACCUGCCAAUCAAUCAUCAUUCCAGUCCAGCCACCCCAACUGUGUGGUCGGACCAGGUCUGGCCCGUUGGCAUGGCGAUGAUGGAGGAAGGGGCACGGAGCUGCCUGCUUCAGUCACGCUCUAGUCUGGAGCAGGACAUCAGGGCUUCCUACCUGAUGGAUCACAUGAUCAGUGACGGCGUGCUGACGGGGGACGAGGAGGACAGGAUCAGGAGCAAGCCCACCAGGAGAGAGCAGGCGGCGGCCCUGCUGGAGCUGCUCCUGAGGAAGGAUAACCAGGCCUACAUCUCCUUCUACAACGCCCUGGUCCGCGAGAGCUACGGGGACCUGGCCAGCCUGCUCCACAACAGCCUGCCCCUGGUCUCCCCUGAGGCUGAGAAGAGCUUCUCAGACGGGGGCACCCGCUAUGUCCAGGCGGUGCUGAGUGAGGGCGGCGUGCCCCAGAGACCCGUAGUGUUUGUGAGCCGGCCAGCCCUGGUGAACCGGGUCAGGGAGAAGCUCUACCACUUGCAGAAGGAGCCCGGCUGGGUCACUGUGUUCGGCAUGGCCGGCUCCGGCAAGUCUGUCUUGGCUGCGGAGGCAGUCCGAGACCACGCACUCAUCACAGAGUGUUUUCCAGGAGGAGUCCACUGGCUGUCCAUAGGCCAGCUGGACCGGUCUGACCUGCUGGUUAGGAUCCAGUCACUGUGUUUCCGCCUGGAGCAGCAGAGCCAGGAGAAAGACCCCUCAUCCUCCCUCCACCGGCCUCCUGGCUCUCUGGAGGAGGCCAAGGAGCGACUACGCUUCCUCAUGCUCCGUCGUUACCCCAGGUCGUUGCUGAUACUGGAUGACAUCUGGGACAACUCGGUGCUCAAGGCCUUUGACAUCCAGUGUCGAGUACUGCUCACCACCCGAGACAGAAGCCUAGCCGACUGUGUCAGCGGUUCUAAGUCUGAGGUGGCAGUGGAGAGUGGUCUGGAGGAGGAUCAGGCCUUGGAGAUCCUCGCCCUGUAUGUCAACGGGAAACCCCAGAGACUCCCAGAACAGGCCCGCAGCAUUGUCAGAGAGUGCAAAGGCUCCCCCUUGGUGGUGUCCCUAAUCGGGGCCCUGCUGCGGGAGUUCCCGGACCGCUGGGCCUACUACCUGCACACGCUCCAGCAGAAGAAGUUCAAGCGUAUCCGUAAGUCGUCUUCGUAUGACUACGAUGCCCUUGACCAGGCCAUGGCUGCCAGCAUCCAGGUCCUGUCUGAGGAACACAGGGAGCUGUACAUUGACCUCACCGUGCUGGAGAAGGACGUCAAAGUACCUGCCAAGGUUCUGUCGGUUCUGUGGGAUCUAGAACCGGAGGAGGUGGAGGACGUUCUCCAGGACUUUGUGAACAAGUCCCUACUGUUCCGUGACUGUCACCACCGGCCCUACCUCUACUACCUCCACGACCUCCAGCUGGACUUCCUGGCUGAGAUGAACCGCUCUGGUCUAGAGAGCCUCCACACCAAGGUGGUGCGUCAGUACCAGCAGCGCUACAGCCAGGGUCCCCCCACCUCAGGAGAUGAAGAGUGCCUCUACUGGUUCAGAUUCCUCACCUACCACAUGGCCAAGGCCAACCUCACACAGGAGUUGUGCUCUCUGAUGUUCUCUCUGGACUGGGUCAGAACUAAAGCUCAGAUUAUGGGACCGGCUCAUCUCAUCAAUGACUAUGUGGAGUACGGCGCCAUACUGGACAAAGAGAACAGCGAGGUGCGGAGCCACUUCCAGGAGUUCCUGUCUCUGAACGGCCACCAGUUGGAGCAGCGUCCGUUCCCUGACGUAGUGCAGCUGGCCCUGUCCCAGCCAGACUCAUCUGAGGUGUACCGCCAGGCCCUGCUGCAGGCGCAGGAGAGGGCCACCAGAGGGGGACUCUUCCUUGACUGGGUGAACAAAAGUAGCCUGAAGAGCCUGUCUCGUCUGGUGGUCCAGCCCCACCAGGGAUCCAUCUACUCUGCCUGCUUCUCCCAUGACGGCACCAAUAUCGCCUCCUGUGGCUCCAGCAAGACACUGCGAGUGUUUAAGAGCACCUCUGGGGAGAAGCUGCUGGAGAUCCAGGCCCACGACGAUGAGGUGCUCUGCUGCGCCUUCUCCCCGGAUGACCGUCUCCUAGCAACCUGCUCCAGUGAUAGGAAGGUCAAGGUUUGGAACGUGGAGCGUGGGACUCUGAUGAGGGUGUUUGAGGACGAACACGAGGAGCAGGUCAACCGCUGCCAGUUCACCAACACACGCCGACGCCUCCUACUGGCCACCUGCUCCAACGACAAGUUCAUGAACACCAAGCUGUGGAACAUCAAUAAACCCUCCUCCCAGAACACCAUGUUUGGUCAUUUGGAGCCUGUCAAUCACUGCUGUUUCUCCCCUGAUGACGCCUACCUCUCCACCUCUUCCAGCGACGGAACCCUGAAGCUGUGGGAGGUGUCCUCGGCCAAUGAGUGGAAGUCCAUAGACGUGGCGGACAUGUUCCCGGAGCAGAGCGAGCAGACUGAGGUCAUAGUGAAGUGCAGCACCUGGUCAGCAGACGGCAGGACCAUCAUCUGUGCUGCCAGGAACGCAGUCUUUGUGUUUGAUGUAGAGACGGCGGCCAUGUUGUUGGAGAUCCGGACCAGUCGUCUGAGCACGGUGCAGUACUGUCACGCCUGUCCCAGCAGCAACCUGGUGGCCAUCGCACUGUCACACUAUGCUGUGGAGCUGUGGGACAUUGAGACCAGUAAGAAGAUGGCUGACUGUAGUGGUCAUCUGAGCUGGGUCCAUAGAGUCCAGUUCUCCCCUGACGGAUCUCUACUGCUCUCCUGUUCUGAUGACCAGACCGUCAGGGUGUGGGAGACUAAUAAAGUCCACACCUCCUCAGCUGUCUGUCUGAAGAGGGACUCUGACGUGCUCUUUAACAACGGUGACAUUACCGUGGUCGCCGCCGACAACCGCAACAGACUGCAGGUGAGGGAUGGGAGGACCGGAGCGGUGAUGUUCCAGUCAGAGGACCAGGAGUCUCGUAUCCGCUGCACUGCUAUCUGCUCACAGACCUCAGCCGUGGGGCUGGGACGAGAGGAUGGGACGAUACAGGCAGGAGGGAUGACAGUUAGGCAGGUACUGAGGACCAUUGGAUGGAGGACUCUACAGCGGCUGACCCCUCACAGGAGCUUGUUGCUAGGGCUAGAAACAGACAGUGUGCAGGUGUUGGAGGUGCCGUCGGGGACCUCUCUAGCCACUCUUCAGGGUCACACCAGGACAGUUCUCCACUGCCAGUUCACCCCGGAGGGACACACACUCAUCACCUCCUCUGAGGACACCACCAUACGGGUGUGGAGGUGGAGGACAGGCGAGUGUGUGGUUCUGGAGGGCCACAAGGAGCAGGUCAGAUGCUUCUCUCUGCUCACCACCUCACCCUCCUCAGAGACACAUCUCCUCAGCUGGUCCUUUGACGGCACCAUCAAGGUGUGGGACAUGUCUAGUGGUGAACGGCUGAAGGACCUAGUGUGUCACCAGGGGGCGGUGCUAGCCUGUGACGUGUCGCCUGACGGACAGCUCUUCGCCACCACCUCCGCUGACAAGACUGCCAAGGUGUGGAGCAGUGCAUCGUGGGAGUGCGUGCGCCUGUUGAACGGCCACCAGGACUGUGUCCGCAGCUGCCGCUUCUCUUGGGACGGCCGGCGCCUAGCAACCGGCGACGACAACGGAGAGAUACGGCUGUGGAACGUGAAGGAUGGUACUCUGCUAAAGAUCUGUUCCCGUGACAACAAGGACGCCAUGGACUCUCUGCAUGGAGGCUGGGUGACCGACCUGCACUUCUCCCCAGACAACACUGUGCUUGUGUCUACAGGAGGAUACAUUAAGUGGUGGAACGUGGAGAAAGGAGAGGCCCUCCAGACCUUCUACCCGACAGGAGCCAAUCUGAAAAGGAUCCAUGUGUCACCUGACUUCUCCACCUUCGUCACCAUCGACAAUAUCGGAAUCCUCUACAUCCUGAAGAAGGUGGAAUGAGAGGGAGGCAUAGCUCAUUAGUCUAAAGUGGUUUCCUUAUAGCGCAUUAGUCUAAAGGGGGCGUAGCUCAAUAAUGGAAAUAGUUCUCGUCUCCUCUCCUUGCAUUGAUCUGAAAGAGCCAGACAGGUGAGAGCCAAUGUCCGUUAGUCAUCUGCCAUGUUGCUUUAGCCUGCGUUCUCAGAUCAGAGUAGGUGAAGAACAGGAGAUCUGCUAAAGGGAAAAAUCCAUGAUUUCUACUGCUCCGCCUUCUUCAGCAUGCCAUAACAGUCACAACAAAAUGUAUAUCCUGACAAAAUGAACUAUUAGGCUUUUCUUAUUGUAUCGGGACCAUUGAAAAAAUGCAUUUGAUUCUUACUGCACUGAGGUAAAUUGCAUGCAAUAUGGAGAGAUUUUUCCUUUGCUCUUUUUAACUAGGAAAUCUAUAUUAUAAUGAAAUGCACCAACAUUAUCUGUUGUGAUUCUACAGUGAUGUUGUCAAACACAGUGAAUUGGUUUUGUAUUUCUAAGUGCCCGAUGAGUCUGGCUUUGUAGAUGUCGUGGCACUCUGCAAAUGGUCAUGAUUGUGUUCUGUCGUCUUAAACAAAGUAGAUGUAUUUUUCCCUGUGAAUUUCGGACGGCAGGGAGCCUAGCGAUUUAAGAGCGUUGGGCCAGUAACCUAAAGGUUGCUGGUUCGAAUCUGAGCCGACUGGGGGAAAAUCUUUCUAUGCCCUUCAGCAACGCACCUAACCCUAAUUGUCUCGUAAGUCGCUCUGGAUAAGAGUGUCUGUUGACUAAAAUGUACAAAUGUAACGGUCUAAACCUGUGUAUUUGGACUAACUAAAGCCUUAAAGAUGGAGUCCGCAGUAUGGGGAAGCCUACCCACCACUUUUUUUGUUGUUGUCCGGGCUGAGGAACGUCACACGGCAUGGUAAAACUAAUAGCAGGACAUAUUGUGCUCUUCUAUCGCGCUGAUGUCUGAGGAGGAAACUGUUGGUUGUUUGCAGUAACUUCUUUGUUGUUGUAAUAUCACAGACGGACCUGGCAGUUUCACCAUUAAGGAUUCCAGCUUGAAUGUGUUAAGGGCACAUAUAUACUAAGGAAAAUGUGGGAAAGGAAAGGUCCAAAUGAUAGGGAACCAGCUCAGUCUCAAGUCAGAUUUAGACGUUCAUCCAUGUUUCUCAAACGUCACAUUUCAAAGUGUUUAAGGUUAAGUCCAGGCAUUAACUCCAUAUUCUUAAGGCUGAUUUGUUAAGGUAAGGGAUAAGGUUUGGGUUAGGCUUAACUUUCUAUUGCUGUAUUCGAAAUUGCAACCUCAGAGGGAGAUGCUUCCGCCCAUCCGCCAUCCCUGUCUACAACGCCCUAGCAAAACCCAAACCUUAUUGAAGGUAACAGCGCUCACUGUUGCCCCCUAGUGGCUGGUUUCCACGUCAUUUCCCAACAUCUUCAGACUUGGAUGGACGUCGAAUACUGACUUGUAUUACGGGUGACCUGGCUGGUUUGCAAUGUUAUCAACAAAUCAGGUUACUGCCAUAAAUGCAUAAAAAAUGUGUAUUAGUUCAGCCCACUUUCUAGAGCCAAUGAGUAAUUCAAACCUUGACCAAAGGCAUUUGUCAGAAUAGCAUCUGUCGACUAUGUUUACUAUCAAGUUCAAUACUGUUCAGGACAUUUUCUACACUAAUUGUAUCAAUAGAGCCUGUUUUUUUUUGUACAAGUCCUUUUUUUAUUGUAAAUAUCUUGCUUUCAUCCAUUUUGUUUUCUUAUUACUACUGAGCCACGCUCUAGUGAGCUGUGUAGGAAGGCACUAUGAUUUUUCUCUUGUGGUCUGUAUCAAGGACAUGGCCUUGUUCCAAUACUUUGACAAUGCAUCCUUCCUUCCAUCAUUGCUUGACUUCAUCUCUGAUCUGAUGCUAUUGAAUAGCUGACCGAUUGCUUCCACUUCAUGGCUGACAAUCCAGAGUCAUUUAAAAUCUGUGAUUAUUGAAGGGAAGGCUGUGAUUUCAAAGUAUUCAAUCUGGGCCUUGUUUUUGAUGUCAGAACAUGUGCUCUUACCUAUUGGUGCUUUGAACUCAGUGUGCAAGUAAAUCAUCAGAGGAGGUCUCUCCCUGUCAAUCAAAUCUGUGAAGUCUUGAGGUGAUCUCAGGACAUGAAUACUGUUAUGGUAAAGUGCUUGUGUGUGGUCUGUAAUGUAUAAUACCUUAGAGAAUAAAACAUUCUAUGACAGCAGGUGGCUUACAUACUCCUCUUAAUGUAUCAUUAAAUCAUUUGAUGUUCACUGUCCAGAGCAUAGUGUAGUAUUUGAUCUACACUGAUCAAAAAAACGCAACAUGUAAAGUGUUGGUCGCAUGUUUCAUGAGCUGAAAUAAAACAUUCCUGAAAUUUUC